CGAGUCGUGUAUUCGAACUUUUUUUUUCAUAUCCUUUUUAGCCAUUGUCAAAAUAGCCAUGCUUUUCGCCUAGACUCAGUAAUAAUUCUAUUCGCAGUGUACGAAAACCAUAAAAAAAGAUACAUGUGAAUCCUUAAUAUUGUUUGUGCAAAUGUUAUAAUAAAAAGCCUAUGCUGGUAGUUUAAGAGUCUGGUUUGAGUAAAAAUCUAGAACUUAUUUUGCUAAGAUGGCUCCCUCUAGUUGUUGAAGUGUCAACUAUACGCGUGUCGUCCAUGUUCCGAAUGUGGUGUGACUUAUUUUUGUUUUGUGUUAAUUUUCAAUAUUAUAUUAUAAAUGUGAAAUGCAACAGUAUGUGUCAUCCGAUAUAGUGGAACCUUGCUCCGGCUGAAUGGAUCCCGCCGUCGCGUGGUAUCAGCCCGAGCAGGAAGGACCCGCGAAGCGCCUGUGGCUUCGUAUCUGGGAAACCCAAAGUGAUAUAGACAAAAUGAACUUGAAAAACUUAGAGAACGCUAACCCUAAUGUGAAUAAAGCGCAAGACUUUAUACCAAUAAAUGAUGUGAACGGUGAAAGUAGGAAUAACAAUUAUUUUAACCCCGCGCGGAGGAAAAUGAACGAUAACCGCGCAUCGACGUUUAACCUGAACAAAAACCACGAUGCUCUCAUAGGUGAAUACGGGGGCUGUCCGUGGCGGAUACCCAACUAUAAUUAUAAGCCGGGCAUUUUGGGGUUGCACGAGGAGAUCGAGCACUUCUACCUGUACAUGUCUCCGACGGAGACGGAGCACCUGGUGCGCUCGACGGUGGUGAACCGCAUCCGCGGCGCCAUCCUCGCGCUGUGGCCGCAGGCGCGCGUCGAGGUGUUCGGCUCGUUCCGCACCGGCCUCUACCUGCCCACCAGCGACAUCGACCUCGUUGUUAUUGGUCAGUGGGAGAAGCUGCCGCUGCGCACGCUGGAGCGCGAGCUGGUGGUGCAGGACAUCGCGGAGAAGGAGACCAUCAAGGUGCUGGAGAAGGCCACCGUGCCCAUCGUCAAGAUGACCGACAAGUACUCCGACGUCAAGGUGGAUAUAUCGUUCAACAUGAGCAGCGGAGUGAAGAGCGCAGAGCUCAUCAAGCAGUUUAAGGAGAAGUACCCGGUGCUGACGCGGCUGGUGAUGGUGCUGAAGCAAUUCCUGCUGCAGCGCGACCUGAACGAGGUGUUCACGGGCGGCAUCUCGUCGUACUCGCUGAUCCUCAUGUGCAUCAGCUUCCUGCAGCUGCACCCGCGGCCCGAGCGCCUGCGCCAGCCGCACAACCUGGGCGUGCUGCUCAUCGAGUUCUUCGAGCUGUACGGCCGCAAGUUCAACUACGUCAAGACCGCCAUCCGCGUCAAGAACGGCGGCUCCUACGUGUCCAAGGACGAGAUCCAGAAGGAGAUGAACGACGGGCACCGGCCGUCGCUGCUGUGCAUCGAGGACCCGCUGACGCCCGGCAACGACAUCGGCCGCUCCAGCUACGGCGCCAUCCAAGUCAAGCAGGCCUUCGACUACGGCUACAUCAUCCUGCAGCAGGCCAUGGGCGCGGGCUCGGCGCUGCUGGCGCGGCACAGCGCGCUGGGCCGCAUCGUGCGCGUGACGGACCACGUGCUGCAGUACCGGCGCUGGGUGCGCGACACCUUCCAGCCCUACUUCUUCCCGCAGCGCCGGCCCUGCUCGCGCGAGCCCUCGCCCGACGUGUCCGACUCCGACCCGGAGUGGUCAGACAGCGGGUCGCGCGCGGCCGGCUCGCCGCCCAUCGUGGGCGCCACCGCGCCCGUCAUGCUGAGCGGCGCGGGGCCCGCGGGCGCGGCGCCGGGGCCCGGCGCGGGCCGCACGUCGCCGCCGCCGCUGUCGGCGCUGCAGUGCUCGUCGCCCACGCCGCGCCGCGUGUCGGCGCACCAGAGCCUCAUCAUCCACCACAUCACCAGCAACUCCGACUUCAACAACAUCCCGUCGGGCGCCUACUCGCGCGCCGGCCGGCCCGACGCCAAGCGCCAGGCGCGCGCCUUCAGCGCCAAGCAGCGGCGCUACGCCUCCCCGCCCGCCCCACCCCGCCGCGCCCCGCCCGAGCGCCGCAAGCGCCGCCCCGCCGCGCCGCAGCCGCACCCCAUGCGAUGAUACCCGCGACACUACGCUGCCUAGUCGCCGCCACCACCCGGCGCCGCCCAGCCAGUGCCUCCCGCGGUGUCGCGGCGUGCAGCGAGUGAUACUGUCGAGUGCUGUGUGUCGUCAGUGCGCGGGACUGCUGUAAACUGCGGGACGCGAGUGUCCGACUGUGUAUAGCGUUACACUGAACUGUUGUACUAUAGCAUAUUCAUAUAACUAAAUACAGCCAGUAACACACUCUGCCUUACGAAACGCCUCGACAUCACGUGUAUGUCUUCAGCUAUAAGUUUUAUUGUCGAUGGCGUUUCGUACGGCGCGAGUGUGUCCACAUUCUGUCUUCCCUGAAGCAUAUUCUGUUCAGAAAACAUUGUGAACCCGCGUGAGUGUGUGGGUGACGAGCUCUGAUGUUCCGUGGAGACGCCUGGCUGCGGGGACGGCUCGGGACAAAUAACAACAUUCAUUUACGUACGCUAGUCAUGAUGUUAUUCGUAAAUAGUCCCGACGCCCCAGCCAGGCGAGUGACGCGUGCUAAAUGUACGGAAAUAUACAUAAUUCCCUAUAUCUUAUGAUGGAAUCUUAUGAUAAUUAAUAUAUGACGUCGGCUUAUACACAAUAAGACGUGAAGCCCCGAGCCCCCGUAUCGAUGGUUUAGUUCGACUAGUUAUAAUGUUGCUAGUACCUAAUUACAUUGGAGAAACCGUAUCAACGGGUCACUAUAGUAAACGGAUCAUUGGUAUAAGUCGCAUAUCUGUCAUUUCGUUUGUUAUAAUAUCAUGAAAGUUUUACAAUAUAUUAACUUAGAAUCUAUGCAAUUUAACUUGCCAUGUAUCCAACUCGUGUACUAGCAAUAUUAUACGCAUUCGCUCGGUUUCAGUUUGUCGGUUAUAGUUCGUUAAAGCGUAACGCGACAACUUCCAGCUAGUUAUUCUUACAUAGGACCCAUGUCUAUCCAGAAAUUAUUUCUGAAAAUUGGAAAUUUAGGAUAAUUUAUGAAAAAAAUGAAUAUAAUCUGAAAAGUUGUAGUUAUGUCUGACGGUGACGAUGGUCAGGCUAUUAAAUAUGAAAAUUGUUGAAAUCUUUUAGUUUAGCUUUGACAACGUCGGUUAUACGUGUCGUGAGAUAACCUGAGGAGCGGAUACAGAUGGCACAUGCUAUGCAGUAAUACUUCUAUUGAGACUCGAUCACCAGUGUUGUAAACAAGGCGGCACUGCAUAGUGUAACUAGUUCAUAUCAUUCGGUGAUGAACUCGACAGUUGCCUUAUGAAGAACACCACGCUAGCUGUUAAGUUAUCAGUCGUUUGUACAUUUGUGAUUACUUCUGCUCAACAAUGCAAUAUACAAGAAUUGGUUGCUUCUCAAAUAUGAUCAAUUCAAAUAUUAUGAAUUCACAAGGCGUAUCAAUAUACAUGUACAUAUUAGUACUCUUCUCAAAUCAAACAAAAAGAAAAAGUAAACAAAAAAAAAAACUAUUAUUCCUUGCGAUAAAAUGAAUGCUAUAAUUGGGGUGAAUUUCUAAAUUCUAGAAUAUAUGACAGACCUCAGAAGUACAUAGUUGCUAAAUAGAGGGUUCGUCAGUAGCAACUAAUUACGCUAGUGUUUACUGAAGCAAAUAUCAGCCAAACAAUAACAUCGAUAACGUUGUUGUGUGUGAAUUAUAACAAUUAUGAAAUUGCACAACUUGUUUGGACCUAAAGUGAACUUGUUGUGUGUUGUAUAGCGUUUAACUAAAUGAAAUAACAUUAAUAAUAUUAAAUGCUAUCGACACUAUUUGAGGCGCCGUGACAGAUGUAGCUGACAGACUCGCGACUGUUUCAUAGAGAUGUAACUUUUAUCGACAAUAGUUUCGUAAAACAUGGAACAUUUAGAAGUUAUCAGAGUAAUCUGUGUAUGUUAUCGAUAAGUAAAGUUAAAUACAAGACGUACUCUGCUAUAAGAAGCACGGAGUAUGUUGUACAGGUUGAACAACUUGUGACUCUUGGCUGAUUUGAUAUUUAAAUUUAUUUAUUUAGCGGCAGCUCGUGAUUUAAUUUGUUAGUCGAACUUAUAGAAUCAUGUGAACUUAAUUAUUACAGUGAUCCUCGUAUUACAAACCUUAGUCGAUUUAAUAUAAUUAUAGGAAUACAACAAUUAAAUGCAACAGCCUUUAUACAAUAACAUGGUUGUUCAGAGGCAGCGCGUUUGGUUUCGUCGGCGCUUCCGACAGCGUGUUAUUAUAAUCUGUGAUGAACAGGGACUCGUAGCGGAAUAUAGCUCAUGUAGUAAAUGUACCGAUAGUUAACUUUCUGUGAUUCAACAAUACUAGGGUUAUGAAUGAUUCCGGCAAGCUUCGAGCUCACCAGCCACUGCCGGCUCCGAGAGUAUUGCUCAGACGAGUAGCGGAGUAUUGUUUGUAUGGAUACUGUUCGCGUUAUACUAUAUACUAAGUUCCCUCACUAAUUAUUUAAGUCGUUACGUUAGUCGGAUAUUGAAAGAGUUGCGAUUUGUCUAAUUCAGUAAACAGGCUUUGAUUGCUGCAAUUACAGGCGAUAGUAGCUUGCUGUGAUUACAAUCAUUUCCACCUCUAUUAGAAAAUUUUAUGUUGAUUUAUUUGUAUGAUGUUGGUGACCUAGCUAAUUGUACAAUAAUAUAAGUUCCUACAGGUGAUUGCUAUAGCUGAUCGUUAUCUUCUGUUCGUUGAUCGAAUCACUCGUCAUUAUUAAAACGUCUUGUUACUCAUCACAGCUAGUUUAAUGACAGGGCCACUUCUAUCUUUUGAUACACAAUAUCAGUGUCUUGGAGACUUGUGCAGGCUUCGGGAGUUUGUUAUGUAGUGUAAUGAGUACUUUACUUAGCAAUAAUUUGUUGAUGUCAGCGUAUUCAGUUGGUGCGGCCCUAUUGUAACGCAGAAAUGUACGCAGUGGGAACUUACCCCCAUGGAUUGGUUAUUAUUGUUAAUCCUCUUAUUGAUGUUGAUCAAUUUCGACUCAAGUAUGUCGCGAAAAUUUUAUAGAGUAUAAAUAACAUAGUCUAAAUAAGCCCGUAUCAAGAUGAAAUGAAUUGAUAAUAGCUAUAAAUAGACUAACCCAUAAAACCUUGUUAGUGAUAAAUGCGAGUUGAAAAAUGUAGGGCACCGCGCAGAAUAGCGCAAUGAUUCAGCUAAUACUAUGUAAUGGUUGUGCACAUUGACGGUGUUCGGGAAAUAAAAUGGAAGGUAGACAAGCGGUGAUUAACGACCCUCCCUCCGCGACGUCGCGUAACCAUUACUUGCGAGUUGUGCAGCGAUACAGCUGUGCUGAUGUAGCUCGGGUUCAGCACCAAUCUCAGCUAAUAGUUUCAUUGAGUUAGGGUAUUUCGGAUGCCUACUUUCAAACUUUGAAAAAUAAAAAUAAAGUAAAAAAUGAAAUAAACUCAAAAAACUAGUAAAAAGCCAAAGCAUAACGUGUUUGUAGCGCCAUGACGUAAGGUCUGUAACUAGGGCGCCGGGUGCCGCGCCCUGUAGUUAGAAGUCAAUGUGCAGCUACUGCUGACUAGUGCAGUAUGUGUGUGUCAUACUGCGCUAUUUGUGUACGCGAACACUUAUCCAGUUAGCCUGUUCACUUCGACAGGACUACAGGCAGACAAGCGAUAUUAACAACUCUUACAAAUGAACAUCUUACUUAUGACACUCACGGAUCCAUGUCGCAGUUUAUACUACUUACCUCAUAGAAACAUUUGUUAUGUACUUUUUAGUUGUCUUUAUACUAUCUUGUAGUUUGAUUUUGUUGUAUUAUUUAUUAUGUCAAAUAUUUAGUCAUUUUGCCAUUUAUUUAUUUGUUGUAUUUAAAAAGUUUAAAACUGAAAUCUGUUUAGAGUAUCUGAGUAGAGCAGUGCACCAGUAGUGUAGUGUGGCGUGCGCUGACUUCUGUAGCGACUUUGUUCUUAUACGAGCUGUGUUGGGUCAUCUCGCAAGUGUCGGCUGAGACAGCUUUGGGCCGGCGCGUCUCACUGCGUGUCCGUGUCAGCCGCCACCGAAUAGUGUUGCAGUGCCUUGCAGGCCGGUGCACACCCGCCUGCCGAAAACAAAUGUUUCUCCACUAUUCUUGCCAGGGUGACGAGUGCAGAAACUGACUGUGUUGUCGGCCUCUUUGCCUGUUUUAUAGGCAAUCUCUAGUGAAGGGCCGCAGACGAGUACAUAACUGCAGUACUCGAACUCUGAUAAUUUCUCAAUAUAAUGUGUGCGUGGAGCUCAGUAGACGUGAUCCUUGUGUUAGUUGGGCUCCACGAGCACUCCGUAUAUGACUCGUGUGUACGGGCUCUUCACUUGUUUCAUUCUGAUACAUAUGUAUGUAAUCUCUUAUGCAAUUAGUUUAAGAGUUUGGCCGCCAUCUUGUAAACAAGUAUGUACCUUAAAAAUAAUGCCAGUGUUUUGCAAAAAAAAAAACAAAAUAAAUAAAUAAAAGUAAAAAUUUAAAAAAUGGUAUUACAUAACGAGUGCAACUAAAAUAAUGUACGAAAUUAGAUGUAAGGUAGUCGCAGCGGCGAGUCGCUCACAUUAAUUAGUCGUUUAAAGUGUAAGGCGAUAGCGCCGCCCUCACUACGCGUGAGUACAAACAUGCAUUUAUCCAGUAGGUUGUCGCGCAGUGCGGGCGACUCGCUGCUGCGCUGUAGAUUAGCGUUUUUGUAUAUCUGUGUAUGUAAGGUACCUAGCAUAAUGUUAGCAUAUGAACUUUGUACAUAGCGCCCUCGGCCGAUACACAUGUACAUACACACCUGUAUAUAUCAUGUAAAUACACUCAAGAUAUAUAUUAUAUAUUUAAUAUUAAUAUAAAUUUGAUUUAAAGAAUGUUUUGAAAAUAAAUUGAUUAAAAAAAUACAAAAAAAUAAAUAAAGACAUACAGUGAGUAUGAAGUGGAAAAAGCGA